CGGAUUUUUGUUAAAGAGGAGCAGCAGGAGUGGAGCUGCAGUCUGGACCAAGACCAGGACCAGGUGGAACCAGAGCCCCCACACAUUAAAGAGGAACCAGAGGAACCUUGGAGCAGUCAGGAGGAAGAGCAGCUCCUUCCUGUCCCUGUGAAGAGUGAAGAAGACUAUGAAAGAUCAGAUCCAGAUCCACAUUUACAACCAGAUCUUGACUUCAAGGCUUCAGACUCUUCUGAGACUGAAGUCAGUGACGAUGACUGGAGGGAGACCAGAGAACUUGACUCAGGUUUAAACCAUCUGGAUCAUGAUGAAGUCCCUCUCAGGGAUUCAACACGUAGUCACAGAGAGAAACCGUUUCGCUGCUCUGUGUGUGGGAAAACAUUCAGCUACAAGACACAUCUGACCACACACAUGAGGACUCACACGGGAGAGAAACCGUUCAGCUGCCCCUUCUGCAAUAAAUCUUUUGCCCAGAGCGGAAACGUACAGAUUCACAUGAGAAUCCACACGGGAGAGAAACCGUUCGGCUGCUCCGAGUGUGGGAAAACGUUUGGCCGCAAGACCCAUCUGCAGACUCACAUGAUAUCUCACUCCAGAGAGAACCCGUUCAGUUGCUCCGAGUGUGGGAAGACAUUCAGCGAGAGUGGAAAUCUCAAGAGACACAUGAAGACUCACGCAGGAGAGAAACCCAUCAGCUACUGUGACCAAAGACUGACUUCAUAUAAGUGGCUCAGAAAUAAGCAAACAAGUGAAACUGAUGAAGAGGACUGUGGAGGACCAGAUCCAGAUACAUUUAGCAAUUUUAAUACUUAUAAAAAGGCUGAAUUGUCUCCUGAAACUGAUGACAGUGUUGACUUUGAGUUCUGGAGAGAGACCAGGAAGCAUCAGUCAGGUUUCACUUAUCAGAGGAAUAAAAAGGUCUCUGCUAGCGAUGGCUGUAAUCCUGGCUGCUCUGAUGACAAGAGUAAAACUAAACCCAGUGUUGAUGGUCAGCUUCAGUCAGGUCCAAACCAUCUGAACUCUGAGGACGUGUCUGCCAGUGAAACGGGACGUAACGCUGACAAGACGCCACUCAGCUCCUCUGAGAGUCAUCAAAGACCUGAAGACAGCCACAAGAGUCCUCCCACAGGAGAGAAACCGUUCAGUUGCUCCGUGUGUAACGUAGAUUACAGUGACAGUGAGGAUUUAGUCCAUCACAUGAGGAUCCACACGGGACAAACACAGUUCAGCUGCUCAGUUUGUGGUGAGGAAUUUGCAUGGAGACGAUAUCUGACCAAACAUAUGGAGGUCCACUCGAAAGAGAAAAACCACAGCUGCCUUGUUUGUGACAGAACAUUCAGUCAACCUGCUGAGCUGAGUUCUCAUCAGUGUGUUGGUGAAUCACAGCUUCAUCAGAGUCAAACUGAGGAGAACAAAGAGACAGAGCCUCCAGCCGGCAGCUCAGCUCAACACAUGGAAACAGAAGCUGAUGGAGAGGACUGUGGAGGACCAGAACCAGACAGGAACUCUCAUCCAGAUCCUGAUUCUGACGACCAGAGUGGAAACUGUUCUGAACCUGAGGCUGAUGACAGUAGCGACAGUGAUUUCUGGACCAACAGCAGCAGACGGUUGUCGGCUUUAAACUCUCUGAAACAUGAUGAAGUACGGCAGGAAGAGCCAGAGCCGCCACGCAUUAAAGAGGAACAAGAGGAACACAGGAUCCAUCAGGAGGGAGAGCAGCUUCUUCCUGUCCCUGUGAAGAGUGAAGAAGUUGAAGAGAAACCUCAGUCCUCACAGCGUCAUCAAACACAAACUGAAUCCGGCCCAGAUAAAUAUCUACAACCAGUCUCCUCUGAUCCUGAGACUGAUGACAGUGCUGAUUGGAAGGAGGCCAGAGACCUUAAGUCAGGUUUAAACUCUCUCGGGGAUUCCAGAUGUGGCGAGAAACGAUUCAGCUGCUCCGAGUGUGGGAAAAGAUAUUCCCACAGGACAGAUCUAAUAACUCACAGGAGAACUCAUACAGGAGAGAACCUUUUCAGCUGCCCAGAAUGUGGGAAGAAGUUUGUCCGCAAGGCCGAUCUGAAACCACACAUGAGGUCCCACACAGGAGAGAAACCGUUCAGCUGCUCCUUUUGCCAGAAAUCUUUUUCCAUGAGGGGAACUUUACACAUCCACAUGAAAAUCCACACGGGAGAGAAACCGUUCAGCUGCCCAAUCUGUGAUAAAAGUUUUUUGCGACAGUCACAUUUGAGGAAUCACUUCAGAACUCACACAGGAGAGAAACCGUUCAACUGCUCAGUGUGCGACAAGCCAUUCAGGCAUAAAGUUCAACUGACGCAACACAUGAAUCAGCACACAGGAGAGAAGCCCGUGAUCUGCCCAGUAUGUAAGAAAUCCUUCGUGCAGAGCGGAUAUUUACGGCUACACAUGAGAAUCCACAGCGGGGAGAAACCGUUCAGCUGCUCAGUCUGUGAAAAAAGAUUUUCCAGAAAGCCAGAUCUGAAGAAACACAUCAGAACUCAUACGGGAGAGAAACCGUUUAGCUGCUCGUUUUGCAAGAAAACUUUUGCCCAGAGUGGAAACUUGCAGAAACACAUAAAAAUCCACACAGGAGAGAAACCGUUCAGCUGCUCCGUCUGCGGCAAAGGAUUCAUCCAGAAGUGCUUUUUGCGGUUACACAUGAAAACUCACACGGGAGAAAAACCAUAUAGCUGCUCAGUUUGUCACCAAAAAUUCUCUUGGCAGCAAACUUUGGCUCGUCACUUGAAAAAAAACCAUGCAGAGAAGAAACCAGCAGAGAACCAGCAGCAGCCAGCUGCUGUUUUGAAAAAGUCAUAAAUAGUAUUAUCAUGAUGAUUGAAAUUAGCUUUUUAAAUUAAAAUUAGAUUAGAUUAAAAUUAGCUUAAAAUUUUACAUGAUCAAAAACAAAAACAUUGAACAUAGAACAACAGGAAAAACGUGUGCUUUACUGAACUUGCUGCUGUGGAACAUUUUGCCUGUGUGGGACUUCAUGGUGCAUUCAGGUGUACCUCGUAAACACUGAGAAACUCAAGUUAUUCUUUAAAAGUACCUCUCUGCCCUGUAGUGGCAUUUAUUUUUGUUGUUUAACCGUUUCAUAAAGUAAGUUUUUUGUUAUUACAUAAGAAGUAAAUUAUUUGAAUUUGACCAUUCCAAAAAAAUACAUGAUACAAUUUUUUUUGGGUCAUUUUGUGGCUUUUUUUUUAUUUAUUUAUUGUCUUUAU